AUGAAGUCAUCAUAUUUAUUUUUGAGCAAUAAAGUUAAAUCAUUUAGAAUUAUGAAUAAAUAUUCAAGUUCAGACAGCGAAAUGUCUUUAGAUAGUUUAGAACAAGAUUUCAAAAUUAAAAAUAACAUAAAGGCAAAUGGUGAGAGAAAUAAUAUUGAUACUAUACUUGUACCGUUUUAUGAAAAAGAUGUGCUGGUUAGAAUAUCAAAAGAACGCAAAAAUAAUAAAAGGCGUGAUGGCAGCAAACCUAAUACUAGUGAACGGAAAAAUAAAAAUACGCAACAGAGUAACUAUUUGAUUAAUAAAAGUAAAAGAGAAAAGAGCAGAUCUUAUUUAGAGAUGUUCAGGAAACAGCUUCCUCUUAAAACACAUUCGAAAGCUAAUGAAGAAGAAAUUCGAUCGAUAUCGCCUGAAUUCGGGGAUACGGAACGUGAAAGUAUUGACGCUUUGCCAAAUAAUUCAGGUUUAGAUUUUUUAAACACCGAACCAUACAACGAAAUUUAUUACGAAAAAAUAUUAAAUAAAGACAUGGAUCAAUUCUUUAAUAAUUCAUUCGAAGAAGAAUUAAGAUUCACUGAUGAUUUAAGUUAUUCACCGGAAGAUGUUAACGACAACUUUAAGAGUGUUUCAGAGGUAUCACGGCCUCGUCAUCGUUCUAGAAGGGCUACUGUACAUCAUAUGGAAAAUGUUAAACUCGGUGGCCUGGGCCCCGAUUUGGAGAGAAUCAAACCAAGAUUAGAAAGAGCUAGAAGUUUACAGCGCUAUUCUGAAAAAGUUAGAAUGGAAAACCGAUUAAAAAUUUAUAAGAGAAACAUUGAAGCAGAUGAGAAGAUGAAAUCCGCUAAAGACCGUAAUAAUUAUUCUGUAAAAAGAAAUGAUGAUCGCAAACAAAUUGUAAUAGAAAAAAAUGAACAAAAAGCUUCUUAUUUAGUUAGUAAAACAUCGCAAUAUAAAACUUUAAAAACAACAGAGAAUUUAUACGCAUUGAAAACCAAAUCAGCUGGUGGACAAAGAACUCAAAUACAACAUGCUAGAAGACAAUGUGAUUUGGAUCCAAAGAAACCCUUUCAAAAGUUGCAGCAAAACUUAGCAAAAGAAACGGAACUAUUCAAACUUAAAGGAAAACAGCCAGAGGAAAAACAACACAAAAAAAAACGUGCAACAUCUAAAACCACAAAUAAAGCCAUAAAUACAGAUGCUUGUUUAGGUCCUUCAGAUACAUCUCCGGUUUCAAUAAAUUUUAUGGUAAACGUAGGAAAAUUAAGACCCUCAAGUGCUUUGAAGAAAUUAGAGGAGACCCACCAAAAAUACCAGGAACAAGUGAAAUCGUUUCAUUUAGAUGAGAUGAAUCUGUAA